GGUUAUCUGAAGCCUCUUGUUUCGUUCGAUUUCAGGACACCGACCACGAAGCGGUCGAUUUAGUUGUCGACAGGGAGUCGGAACCUGCGGGAAUUUGUUUGCGCCGCGACUAUGGGUGUUGACAAGCUUGUGGAUGACACUACCGAGGAAAGACAGAUCAGCAGAGCUCAUGUGAGCUCUCACAGGGCUCUUCGUCGCAGGUAGAUCGCUCCAGGCGAUGUCGAGUACCGGGUGAUUUCGGGAAGAAGCUGUGAAUUAGCAACGAAAUUUCGUGCUGUGGGAGUGUAUUCAAUCCGGCAACCGCUUCGAGAAGCUGCGGAUGGGAACACAUGUAGCCAGAUUAAGAAUAGUUCGGAGAAUGUCGGGUGGCCUUUAGGUAAUUGACUGACUAUAUUCAUUUCUCCUUCAUGAGAUUAUCUUGGGCAAUCGAGGCAGGAAAAAAUUGGGCUUUCGAGCCUCUGUAUUUCCCCGGAAAUUUUGGCAUCGAAGUCGAAUCUUCGAUAAUUUUCCGAGAAUCUACAGAACCAUUUCUACCCCAGAAAGCUGUGCAAUGACGUAUGCGGGGUAGACAGGGACGACCAACUGACGACAAUCACCUGACAGACACCUGAC